AUGUUGGUGGCCUGGGAUCGAUUGAUUCGCUUCGUCGCAACAGAAGGCCGAGUCCUCCGCGGCGAGCCUAUCCUGCCCUACGAGGGGUUUGAUGUAGGCUACACAGAAGACUCCACGGGCCUCAAGGCAAAGGUGACGGAGGAGGUUGCCACAGUCAAACGGCUGCUGGGACCGCUUGUAGCAUCAGACAUUGAUAUUAUUCGGUGUGUUGGACUAAAUUACGCAAAGCACAUCCAAGAGACAGGCAGACCGACGCCGGAAUACCCAUUCAUUUUCAUCAAAGCGAGCACUGCCCUGCAUGAUCACAACGUCGAUGUGACGAUCCCCAAGAUCGCACAGGAGGCUCUAUCAGACUACGAGGGAGAGCUCGUGCUGGUAAUCGGGAAAGAAGGCAAAGAUAUUCCGCUUGACGAAGCGCUCGGCUAUGUCGCAGCAUAUACCUGCGCCAACGAUGUUUCUGAGCGGAAACUCCGAGGAGCCGUACCACAGUGGGCUUUUUCCAAGGGAUUCGACACAUUUGCUCCCAUGGGCCCGUGCCUGGUUCGCGGAGAUUUAUUUGGGAAUCCGGCGCACUUGGCCCUGAAGACGGUGAUUGAUGGCGAGGUGCGGCAGGAUGCUGGGGUCGCGGACCUUGUGUUUGACUGUACCUCUACCGUACCUGUCGGCAGUCAGGUGUUUACGAAUCAGACUGCGUUGACCUAUACCUUGACAGCCGUCUGGCAGCCAUCAGAAGGAACGAAUAGUACUAUUUUCCCUUCAAUGUCCUAUUUCAACAACGUCCUCGAAAACUGCGCGGUAACAGCAAUCGAAAUAAAUCUUGAGGCUCUCGAUAGGACGGCGUCCCAGUUCGGAUUCUCUGAAUGGGGCGCUGUAGUCCACACUUAUGUAUCAUGUGCCUUCUAUACUCCAAGUGGACUCAUACAAUUCAACUUGACCCAAGCAUAUGACUAUAUACCAGCGGCUAUGUCCUGGUCACACCUGUACACGUUCCUCGGUAGCAACUUUUUGGACAGAGACAAAAGCACUCGGGCGAGCCUGUGGUGGGGGGAGUCUGCAAUUUCAAAUUAUUACGUCUAUCUCACGCGAACGAUGCAAGAUAUUCGUGCUAACGCCACAUCUAACGGCGAGCCUGCAAAUCGGAAAGGAACCAUCUACAUCACCCCAGGCAAUAGCACCGCCAGGGACAUCAAGAGCCUUCAGUUCUUCAACAUCGACUAUCGCUUCAUAGUCGACCUUGGCUAUGGAAAUUUUGAAGUUCUAUCUCCGGGAGGAAAACCUACUGUUUCCAUGCUAGAUCAAGGCGGAGUGUAUCCAGACGUAUGGAUCAUAGCCGAUAGCCUAGCCAAAUCCGCAUACUCGACUGUAUUGACGGACUUGGGACAAAUCACGGCCGAACCGAAUCUCCUCACCAACGCCGAUGACCUGGAAUAUUUCUCCAGAAACUUCUCAACAAUCCAGCGGCAUAAGGCUAAUGCGGACCCUGGCCCAGAGGUCGACAUGUAUUACGGCUCUGCGAAUAAUGGGGCGGGCCCUUUGGGAACAACUCCGAGCGUUAUUAGCAUGGGAUAUAUCUGCCAGGUGCCUCAACUUAAAUCGACUGGUAACCUUUUACUGUCCAUCCUGGUGGCGGAUCUAGUGUUCCUACAAGCAGCUUGGCGGCUAUUCAAGCUUGGUACGGACACAUAUCUGUUCAGGUCCAGACCGGAAUCGAAUCAAUGUAAAGCUGGCGGAGCUUACGUUGACCCUGAUAAAGUAGACAGUGUCGCGUCUAGUGGUUUCAACCUAGAGUCAACAUUCUCUGAAGCACUGGUCAACACGAACCAACCAAAUAAAGAAAACGGUACCACUGGCCCGAAAAGAAUACUGCAAAAAGGCUAUACGGCUCUGGCUACCAAGCCAAUCUGA